AUGAUGCGUAAAAAUAAAUAUACUGGUCCUUGUGCAGUUGAAAAUUGUAAAGAAAAUGAAAAAAGUCCCGAGUAUGUUACUUUUAGAAGUAUAACUGAUAAAGCAUUCGAUAAGUUAAUGAAGCAUCCAGAUUAUUUAAGUAUAAAUUACUUAAAAAAAAAUCAACAACUUUGUUUUACACAUUAUAUGAAAUAUGUAGAACAUAAAUAUAAAGAAGUGAAUAAAAAUGAAUUAUCUGGUGAAUAUUCUUUGAAUGACAUUAAAAUUAAUAUUACAGAAAAUGGAAUUCUUUUAUCUGAAGAAGAUUUUAGCUUACUGGUUCAAAAAAUUGAAAAUUUGGAAGCAAAGUAUUAA